AUGUCGCCCAUCAUCAUCAACCAAAUCGUGAACCUUGAGAACCUUAAACUUACUUUUGUAAGGCCGCAAGCCUUUUACCAAACCUCGCCCGACAAAUCACCGGCUCCUCUGAUAACCGCGAAGACCGUCGUCAUCUUAAUCGACAUCAUCAUCGUCGCAAUCAUCUGUAUCUUGAUUCUUUUGGGAUACUUCCUCUAUCGUCGUCAAUUACGAAGGAAAGAAAAUUUAACGAAAUCUUUCGAAACUUCCGAAGCGAAAAUUGCUUCAGAAUCGAAUCACCCAGCCAUGGAUAGCCAUUCCCUAUGCUCAUCGACAACCGAAAGAAAGGAGGAAUCAAUCUACGAAGUUUAA